GAGGAGCGUGCUCAAAUUGCUGGAUAUAACAGACGUGCAACGGUCGUAGAUGAAAAGAAGGUUGAAACUGACAUUAAAGGAAUUGAGACCAAUCUACCGACGUGCAAGACUGUUCACUCCGAAAUACAAUAUAAGCUGUACCUUUCUUAUGUAUUGAGACAUAUCCAAAGCUUACAUGAAUUUUAUGGCUUCAACUCUGCCAAAUUCAUAUUUAACGACUAUCAAGGCCGUCAAAGAGCUGACGAAGAGCUCGCUAACAUGCUUCUGGAUGGAGGCAAAAAGUAUAACCCCAAAAAAAGAAAAAAAACCAACAA